CAGCGGCUGAGGCCACAGAGAGACGUCUCCCGCCGUGGGUCAACCUGUGGACACCGGACGCUUGGUGACUGUUACAGAAAGGAAACCGAAGAUGGAGACGGAGCCCACCGAGGGUGUCUACGACUACUACGACUACGACGAGCCCGAGAACGGCACCAUGUGCGACUACUCCGAGUGGUCGCCGUCCUACUCCGUCAUCCCCGUCCUCUACAUGCUCAUCUUCAUCCUGGGCCUCUCUGGGAACGGCGUGGUCAUCUUCACCGUGUGGCGGGCCCAGGGCAAGCGACGAACCGCCGACAUCUACAUCGGGAACCUGGCGCUGGCCGACCUCACCUUCGUGGUCACUCUCCCCCUGUGGGCCGUCUACACCGCCAUGGGCUACCACUGGCCGUUCGGGGUGGCCCUGUGUAAGAUGAGCAGCUACGUGGUCAUCCUCAACCUGUACGCCAGCAUCUUCUGCCUCACCUGCAUGAGCUUCGACCGCUACCUGGCCAUCGUCCACUCCCUGUCCAGCACCCAGCUGCGCUCCCGGGGCUACAUGAGGAGCUCCAUCGUCACCAUCUGGCUGCUGUCGGUACUGCUGGCCGCGCCGACUCUCGUCUUCCGCACCAUCAAGUUCGACCCGUCCAGCAACCGCACCUCCUGCGCCAUGGACUUCAGCCUGGUGACCCUCAACAAGGCGAAGGAGACCUGGUUGAUCGCCGGCCUCAGCAUCUUCUCCACGGCCAUGGGCUUCCUGCUGCCCUUCCUGGCCAUGAUGGUGUGCUACGGCUUCAUCGGCUGCACCGUCCCCCGCCACUUCAACACCCUGCGCAAGGAGGACCAGCGGAAGAGGAGGCUCCUGAAGAUCAUCACCACCCUGGUGGUGGUGUUCGCCGCCUGCUGGGUACCCUUCCACGUGGUGAAGACCGCGGACGCCCUCUCCUACCUGCAGCUGCUGCCGGACACCUGCUACUUCCUGCGGUUCCUCCUGGUGGCGCACCCGUACGCCACCUGUCUGGCCUACAUGAACAGCUGCCUCAACCCCUUCCUCUACGCCUUCUUCGACCUGCGCUUCAGGUCCCAGUGUCUGUGUCUCCUCAACCUGAAGAAGACGCUGCACGCCAGCCCCGCCAGCUCUCAGUCGUCCCAGAAGACCGAGGCCCAAUCCCUGGCCACCAAGGUGUGAUGGCGGCUCGGGUUCCCAGAGGAACGUUGGGGAACCGAUGAACGUUGCAGAACGUUGCGGGCGAACAGAUAAGAAGUCACACGGCUCCAGGGCGCUUCCUCCUCACAGAUUGUCUGCAGUCAGUCAGGGUGGCCCGCUCCACCCCACCCCUGCUGCCCCCUCCCUCCCCCCCCCCGCCC